AUGACGACCAGCAGCGAAACCCAGCCGCAGGAGCCGGCGCAUACCGCGGGUCCCGAGGUGGCGCUCGUGUUCAUCGGCGUGUCGCUGGCGCUCGGCGCGCUGUGCCGGCAGGUGCUGAGCAACACGCGCAUCCCGUACACCGUCGCGCUGCUGCUCGUUGGCGUCGGACUCGGCGCGCUAGAGUAUUAUGUCAACCUGGGACUGCUGGGGGAGAGCAUUCGGAUGUGGGCCAACAUUGAUCCAGAGCUGGUGCUCUACGUCUUUCUGCCCGCACUGCUAUUCGAAAGCGCCUUUUCCUUCGAGUUCCACCAAGUCAAGCGGUGUCUGGUCCAGAUGUUUCUGCUGGCAGUGCCGGGUGUGGCCAUCUCCACUGGCUUCCUCGGAGUCAUCAGCCGGUACGUGCUGCCGUACGGGUGGAACUGGAGCACGGCCAUGCUGCUGGGCGGGCUGCUCAGCGCCACGGACCCCGUGGCCGUGGUGGCGCUGCUGCGCGACCUGGGCGCCUCCAAGAAGCUCAGCACCAUCAUUGACGGGGAGGCGCUCAUGAACGAUGGCACGGCGAUAGUGGUGUUCCAGCUGUUCCUGCGCCUCACUCUGGGCUACAGCUACGGCAUCGGGGAUGUCAUCGGCUUCCUCUUCAAGGUCACGCUCGGCGGGGUGGGGCUGGGGAUGGCGUUCGGGGUGGUGAGUCUGCUGUGGCUGCGCACCGUCUUCAGCGACCCUGUCAUCGAGAUCACCAUCAGCCUCACCGCCUCCUACAUGGCCUUCUUCGUGGCGAACGAUGUGGCUCAGACAUCGGGAGUGCUGUCAGACAUGACGCUUGGCAUCAUGUUUGCCAUAUUCGCCAAGACAGCGUUCACAGGGGAGAGCGAGCAGGGCAUGCACCACUUCUGGGAGAUGGUGUCGUACAUCUCCAACACGCUCAUCUUCGUUCUCAGUGGAGUGGUGAUAUCAGAGAGCAUUCUUCAAAACUCUAACUACAUCAAAGGCGCGGACUGGGGCUACAUGAUUCUGCUCUACGUCUUCGUGCAGCUAUCCCGCGUGGUGGUGGUGGGAGUGUUGUACCCCGGGCUGGCCAGCAGCGGCUACGGGCUCACGUGGAAGGAGGCCAUCAUCCUCGUCUGGUCGGGCCUGCGUGGUGCCGUCGCCCUCACGCUCGCCCUGCUCGUCAGCCAUGAGCCGGUAACAGAACACAUCAGUAAAGAAACAGAGGCCAGGUUCAUGUUUCUGACGGGUGGAGUGGUGUUCCUGACGCUCAUAGUGAACGGCUCCACCACGCAGUUCGUCCUCGCCGCUCUCAAGAUGAACGCCACCUCCGACAUCAAGAAGCGGGUGGUGAGCUUUACGAAGCAAGAACUCUGUGAGUACGCGGUGAAGACGUUUGAGGAGAUCGGAGACGAUGAGGAGCUGGGGCCAGCGGAGUGGGCCACCGUCAACGAGUACCUCACCUGCCUCAAGCAGCCCGCCUCGCACGGGACCCUCUCCGCCAGUGCCUUCCUGAGCCGAUUCGGAGGCUCGGGAGCUGGUUCGGGAGGAGGGUCGGGGGUGGGGGUGGGGGUGAGGAAGAGCCACCCGCAUGACCACAGCCAGUCGCAUGAGCAGCUGCGGGCGCAGCAGCUGCAUGACACCCGCCUCAGGUUCCUCAAUGGCGUGCAGGCGGCGUACUGGAGCAUGCUGGAGGAGGGGCGAGUGAACCAAACAGCCGCCAUGCUGCUCAUGCAGGCCGUGGCCGAGGCCGUCGACCUCACCACACAGGAGCGCCGCCUGCUGCUGUGGAAGGCCCUGGAGCCGCACGUGCGCAUGCCGCGCUACCUGCGCCUCAUCCACCGCCGCCUGCGCAAGCUGCUCCCCCAGCGCGCCCUCAACUGGGUCAACGUCGACCGUCUGGAGCUCGCCGCCUCCAUGAGUGCUGCUUACAUCCGCGCUCUGCGGCAUGCUCGACAGCAGCUGCGGGACUUCCUCAAGGACAGUCCCAUAUGUGAAGCAGUGAUACUGGAGAGCGAGGAGGACGAGACACCGGCCAAGAAGUUCAUGGAAGACGUGCGCCUCAACUUCCCCGAGGUCCUCACCAUCAUCAAGACCAAGCAGGUCACACACGCCAUCCUGCAAGGCCUACACGGGUACGUCGAGAAUCUCGAGCACGCGGGGUUGCUGGACCAGCGCGAGGUGAUGCAUCUGCACAAGGCGGUGCAGGCGGACAUGAAGAAGCUGCAGCGCAGCCCGCCGUUUGUGGCGAUGCUGCCGGCGGGGGAGGUGCUGGCACGGCAGCCGCUCAUCGGAGCGCUACCGGCGGACAUCCGCGUGGCGCUGCUGCAGCCGCUCAAAGAGGCCACCAAACUCUCCGGGGCGUCCCUCUUCCACGAGGGGCAGCCUGCUCAGGGCGUCUGGCUCAUCGCCUCCGUGGACGUCAGCGCGAGCAGAGGCGGAAGCAGAGGCGCAUGGGCAUCGGUUCAUCCCGCCGCUGUUUGCACACGGCAGCUCCGUGGGGCUGAGAGCUGUCUGGAGGUGGUGAGGGUGCUGCAACCAGAGGAGUUUGGAGCACUAUCAAUGCACGAGCUGCGAGUGCUGCUCACCGACUCAGCGCACCUCCUCACAUGCCGCCCGGGGGACACCCUGGACCUGCUGCCCUCGCAAGUGGCCGUGCUGCUGCUCGGGUCCGUGCGCCCCGUCGACCUCUCUCUAGCCAAUGCAUCUGCCAUUCCUUUCUCUGGUUCUGCUCUCGCUGCCUCCCAGCCUCUGCUGGAUCCCACGCAUACUGCUGCUGCCUCGUCUGCCGUUGCUGAUGCUGCCGCUGCUGCUGAUUAUGCCGCUGCUGGUUCUGCAAAUGGAGGCGCUGGGCAGGGGAAAGGGGGCGAGGUUUCAGAGGCGGAUGGCGUGCAAGGGGGUGAUGUAGGCGAGAGUGAUAGGCUGCUGGGCGGUGGCAGUGAGAACCAUGGGGGUGGAGGAGGAGGGGGCGAUGGGCGUGUGGAGAAUGGCUUGUUGGUGGCCAUAGAUGCGCCCGCGUUGCUCACAGCACAGCCACUGCCAGCCGCAGCCCCUGAGCGGGCAGUGUAUGGAGACAGCGCUGCCAUGCUGCACGGGCGCUACUCCGCCCUCUCCCUCUGCAAGCUGCUUGUCAUCCACAUGCCCCGCGACCUCAUGUCCGUCCAAAACACGCCCACCAGGUCGUUCCACGUGCACCGCCCGCAGGCCACGCACGACCACGAUGGGCUGCUGCGCUUCGGAGCGGAGGGAGCGGAGGAGAGCACACUCAACGAGGCGCUACUGGCGGCCAUGGGGGCGGGGGAGCAUGCUGGCGAGGAGGGCGGGGGCGGGCUGGGCGAGGAGGGGGCGAGUGAGAUGACGAUGCCUCGCGGCAGUGAGCUGGCGGCGGCACUGAGGGACCGCGCUGUGGUGGACCAGGCGCUCACGGAGCGAGCCAUGGAGCUGAGUGUCUUCGGCAGCAAGGUGUGCACAAGGCAGUGGGAUGGGAAUUGGGAGGCAGAUAUUCCCCCUGUGCACGUGUGUUGUUGCUGCUCUCUCCUACCACGAGCUGCUCCUUUGUGUGUCUUGCAUCUUUUACUCGCAUCUUCUCUGCUUCUCACUCCUCACCCUCUCGCCCCACACCCUUCUUUGUCCCAGCUGAACCUGAGACCACGCAGGCCCACGGACACGUCUCCGCACCACCACUACAGCCACGUGCACGCGCACUACCACAGCCACUACAACCUGCACGCCGUGAGAGUCAGCCCCGCCCCCUCGCCCGCCUCCGCCCUCUUCACCGCCUCCCAGCCGCAUCUGCUGCCUGAUUUCCGCCGCCAGGUAGGACAGCAGGUCAAUCGCGCCGCCACGUCAUCAGGUGCCAGCGCGCGCAAAACCAGUGACCCCAACAUUGUCCAAUCGAUGCGCAGCGGCCAUGUCAGCUUUGCAGCGCAGGGCCAGCUGGCACGAGGAGGAGCGCACAGCACGUCGCUGUCUGCGAUCCUGCCCUCGCUUUAUGCAGCGGCUGAUUCGCGAACGCCAGGCAGUGAUGGUGGUGGUGAUGGUGGUGGUGAUGGUGAUCAUCAAGUAGACGCCAUGGCGAGCAAGGCGGCUUUCGUACUUCUCGCCCUCCUCGCGGCUGCCGCGUUCUGUCACGCUAGCCGUCCUCUUCCUGCAGACAGCGAUAACUCCGUUACGAUCGUUGCCAAGGAUAACGAUAAUACUGUCACCGUGGUUCCCGCUGAUAGCGACAACACCGUUGCCGUGGUUCCCGCUGAUAACGACAACACGGUCGCCGUGGUUCCCGCUGAUAACGACAACACGGUCGCCGUGGUUCCCGCUGACAACGACAACACGGUCGCCGUGGUUCCCGCUGACAACGACAACACGGUCGCCGUUGUUCCCGCUGAUAACGACAACACGGUCGCCGUGAUUCCCGCUGAUAACGACAACAUGGUCGCCGCUGUUCCCGCUGAUAAGGACAACAUGGUCGCCGUUGUUCCCGCUGAUAACGACAACACGGUCGCCGUUGUUCCCGCUGAUAACGACAACACGGUCGCCGUUGUUCCCGCAGAUAACGACAACACGGUCGCCGUUGUUCCCGCUGAUAACGACAACACGGUCGCCGUUGUUCCCGCUGAUAACGACAACACGGUCGCCGUUGUUCCCGCUGAUAACGACAACACAGUUGCCGUGGUUCCCGCCGAAGCAGAGGACAAUGUGGCUGUCGCUCAGCCAUCGUCUGACGUCAGCCCUAAGAUUGCUAUGGUCACCAAGGCUAGUGUUGCAGCUGUCGACACCGUCGCCAGUAAUGCAGGCGGGCUCACGAAGCGAUCCGUCGCCGGAUCCAACGGCAAUGCGGCGAAGCAGUUCACCAUGGACGAGGUGUCCAAGCACAACCGCCCAGGGGACGCCUGGGUCGUCGUCCAAAACAAGGUAUACGAUGUGAGCGACUUUGCGGACCAGCAUCCAGGCGGGCGCGUGAUCUACUUGCUGGCGGGUCGCAACGCCACGGACGUGUUCGCCGUCUUCCACAAGCCGUCCACCUCGGCGUUCCUCGCCACGCUGUACAUCGGCGAUCUCAAGGACAGCGAGGUGGAGCCGACCGGCGAUCUGCUGAAGGACUUCCGCGAUCUGCGGUCGUCGUUCGAGGCGAAGGGGUACUUUAAGUGCAGCCCGGCGUACUACCUGUUCAAGGUGCUGUCCACGUUCGCCAUUGUCGCCGCCAGCAUCGCCAUCAUCAUGGGGACCUCCGACCCGCGCUGGGUGCUCGUCUCCGGCGUGCUUCUCGGCCUCUAUUUUCAACAAGUCGGCUGGCUCUCGCACGACUUCCUUCACCACCAGGUGUUCCAAUCGCGGUCCCUUAACACGUUCAUCGGCGGGUACAUUCACGGCAACCUGGCCCAGGGCUUCAGCAUGAAUUGGUGGAAGAACAAACACGCCACACACCACGCCAUAACCAACGAGUGCGACAAGGAGUACCGCCCAAUCGACCCGGAUAUCGACACGCUGCCGUACCUGGCGUGGAGCGAGGACAUUCUCGCGACCGUCAAGAGCAAGACCGUGCGCUCGCUGCUGCGCUACCAGAGCUAUCUCUUCUUACCCACCCUCUUCGUCGCCCGUUUCGCAUGGUCGUACGCGAGCCUGACUUACUGCUUCUCGGACGAGGUGCCUGCGAAGGAGCGCUUCUAUGAGCGGCUGUUCAUGGUGCUGCACUACGCGUGGGUGCUGGGGUUCGGCUUCGGCUGCCUGCCGUUCUGGACGGCCGUCACGUGGUUGCUGACGGCGCAGAUCUCCGGCGGGCUGUUCCUUUCGUUUGUGUUCGUGCAGAGCCACAACGCCAUGGAGAUCUACAACGAGGGCAAAGACUUCUACACCGCCCAGAUUGUGACCACGCGUAAUGUGAGCGACGGGCUGUUCAACGACUGGUUUACAGGCGGGCUGAACAAGCAGCUGGAGCACCACCUGUUCCCCACCAUGCCCCGGCACCACCUGGGCAAGACGUGCAAGGCAGUGAAGGAGCUGUGCGAGAAGCACGGGCUUGCCUAUGAGAAGGUGUCCUUCGCCAAGGGCACGUCCCUAGUACUCGAGCAUCUCAGCAAAAUUGCAGAGAAGGCCUGA